AGACAAUGCCUCCUGGGAUAACAGCCAUACGAAUUUUGUGCUGGCUGGUGCUCAAAUCAGUCAACGUGCUCUAUCUCCCAGUGAUCUUCACGAAACUCUUCAAAAAAUCUAAGAUUUGUCCUGCCAUUCCUAACGAUCUGUUGCUGCUGUCAGCUAUCGAACUAGCAGAAAAAAUCAGAAACCGCAAGAUAUCUUGUGAGCUUGUCAUAAAAGCAUACAUCACAAGGAUACAACAAGUCAACCCCAUUAUCAAUGCAGUCAUCGAAGACAGAUUCCAAGCUGCUCUGGAGGAUGCCAAAAGAGUCGAUGAUUUCCUCCACAACCAAACUAUGACCAUAGAGGAAAUUAAAGAACAAAGUCCGUUAUUAGGUGUGCCAAUCACGAUAAAAGGCAGUAUCGAAGUGGCAGCCAUGAAGAGCACCUCAGGCAUGGUGGCCAGAGCUGACGUCAUCGCUGAGACCGACGCCGACGUCGUCAGACGCGUAAAAGACGCCGGCGCCAUUCCCCUUCUUACCUCCAACAUCCCGGAGCUAUGCAUGAACUGGGAGUCCACCAACAAGCUGGUGGGGACCACCAAAAACCCCCACGAUACCACCAGGACUUGUGGGGGGUCCUCUGGAGGUGAGGCGAGCCUUCUGGCCAUAGGCGCCUCGGUCAUCGGCAUAGGCUCGGACGUCGCCGGCUCUCUUCGGCUGCCCGCCCAUUUUUGCGGCGUGUGGGGCCACAAACCCACCCCAGGGGCAGUCUCCAACGUGGGGCACUACCCCAGCUGCAGGCACGAAGACGUGUGGACUGCGGCCUUCACUUUGGGGCCUAUGGCGAGGUACGCCAAGGAUCUGCGGGUGCUGCUGCAGGUUAUCGCUGAGCCUAGGGUCAGAAACGAGCUGAUGCUCGACCAACCGGUGGAUGUGAAAACCAUCAAGGUACAUUAUAUGGAAGAUAUCCAAUCAGCAUUAACCUCAAAAGUUAGCGACGAAUGCCUUGAUGCACUACAUUCCGUAAUCGAACGUUUAGAUCAAAUCUGCCACGUUAAUUGCGAAAAGGUAGACCUACCCCUUAUGAAGUACGCCCCGGAACUAUCUACCCUAGCGCUACUCGACAUCGAUGACGUUGACAACCUCUUCUCGGGCCGUGGGGACGGCUCCAUAGCCGAACUCUUCAAGUACCUCACCUUCAGGUCCAAGUUCGUGCUCACCUCCAUCCUCUACGGGGUGCUCAGAAAGAUCUCCACCCCCCUUCCCAGAUCCACAACGCACUACUGCAUGCGCAAAAUCGACGAUCUCAAGGCCGACUUCGUGAGGAUGUUGGGACACGAUGGGGUGUUUCUGUUGCCGACUUUCACCGCCGCGGCGCAUCGGCACGGGGAGAUAUUCAAGAAGGUGUUCGAUUCCUCGUACUUGUCCAUUUUUAACGCCCUCGGGCUGCCUGUCACCUGUUGCCCGGUCAAGCUCACCAAAGACGGGUUGCCAGUAGGGAUUCAGGUGGUUGCAGCACCGUAUAAUGACAGACUGACACUGGCGGUAGCCUGUGAAAUAGAAAAAACUUUCGGGGGUUGGCAAGCCCCGAAAAAUUCUAGAUCCAUGAACCUUUAG